CAAUUCGCCAUCAUGCGCAUUCUAUUGCCAUCAAAAAGUAGACGAUAACAUCAGCAUUUCGCAAAUACAUUAAUAGUUCGUUCAGUACACUUUACCAGUAAAUAUCAGAUUUAGUGUGUGUCCUGCAAGUGGCAGAACUAUUUCACAGGAGCAAUUACGAUACACUGAUGGGACUGUAAUGAAAUGGAUUUUACCGACCGCAAAUCUUGCUGACAGGCUGAUGCGUUUCACAAAAGCCCAUCCAGUGACAAGCCAGGUCUAAACCAGCUAACCUCCUUAAGAAGUAAUCACACUCAAACUGUAUCUGUGAUACACAGACAUUAAGCAUCAACGUUUUCACUCAGCUAAAGGAUUUAUCUGUAAAUGCCGAGCAGUUGAGAAAUAUCAUAGAAUAUGAUAAUCUAGAGAACAAUGGAAGAGUUGAGUAAAACUGAUUGUAAAGAAGAACAGAAAGAUCAGGAAGAAGAACUUGGAAAUGAUGAAUUACCAGGUUCUUCAUUAAUGAGCGUAGAGUUAAACACAACCAUGGCUACUGUUGGUCCUCACUCAACAAAAGCAGUGACCGCUGACACCACAGCAUCAUUCUGGAAGACAAAAUAUGAAGAAAAAGAACAGUUUUAUAAAGCUGAGCGAGAAGCCUGGGAUGCCGAAUUGGCGGCCAUUUUGGAUAACCUCGUAUCAUUUGAAAAUCAACUUCGUCUUGAGCAAAAUGAGAUCGUUCAGUUUAUGAAUGAAAAGGAUAUCGUGGUACAUCGACAGACUCAACAUAUUAAAGCAAUUCUUGCCGUGAAUGAUACAUUAAUGGAGAUAAUGAGAAAACUCAACGCUGACUUACAUAUGAAUAAUACGAGUAUUGAAAAUGUGAGACAACACAUAGAAAGUGAACUCAAUGGCAUGGAAGCCCUUGUUGUGGAAACGAAAAAGGCAUUUAAUAACCAUAUACAAGGACUGAACGAUGCACAUAAUUUCCAGACCAUCCCCCUAGACAAGAAUUGGGGAUCUGGUUUUUCUGAAUAUAUAUCUUCACACAGCACGGAUGUUGACCACAUCAAAAGGCAGACAGGGGAGAAUAAUAGCUUGGCUAAUCUUAAACAAACAAACAAAGCUAUAUCUUCAAAAGCACCAAGGAAAGUGAUAGGAAAAUUAAAACAAUUAGUCACAAAAUCUGUACAUGCCGAAAACAAGAUAAAGGAUGCUAACUACGUGACGCAUGAUAUAAAGAGUGAUGACUCUUCGAACUCAAGUAUUCACAAACAGAACGAAUCAUCUGAAAAAUCUUCCGGCGACGUACAAAAAACAACAGGCAACAAUAUUAAUGGGAACGUCAGUCCUAGAGGUCGUCAACGCAAAGUAAGUGUAGUACUUGCAGAACCAUUAGCUAUUAAAACCGAUGGAGAUCAGCAUGAAGUUUGGCUUCCUGAGAAAAAUCAAAAUGACAGAUCCCCAAAACAGCAUGACACAUCACUUAUAAAUAGUGUCGCUAAAAACUUUGGAUUGGAAAACAAAGAACAGCGUGAAAGUAUGACUAGUAGUAUUACCAGCACAGAAAGUGACUUUGACCGUGAUGUUGAGCUAAAAGGACAGAGUACCACGUCCUGUACUGAUAAUUCAGACCUAGAUGAUGAUUAUUUAAACGAUGCUCUUCAAAGUGAGAAAGAGGACACUGUCGGCGAACUAGUUGAACAUCAUCGUAGAAUCAGUGUAGAGGCUAAUGCAGCAGUUGUUGGAAGUUACUUAGAAAAGGGACUGACCCCGAGAGAGGUCAAGGCCAGAGACAAAACAAGGUCAAGGUCACUUCCUCAGACAGUUAAUCUGCAAUUUUAUGCCCAGCAGUUUACAAAUAUCACAGAUGUUUAAAGCAAAUCAACAAAUGAACCGACGCCUUUAAGAUUUAAAGUUCUAAAAGCAUUUUUGUCUUGGAGUGCUCUUGUAUUGCAUCACCCUAUUAUGAUGUCCUCUUAACUUGUACUUUGGGUCUAAAAGUUUAUAAAAAUUGUUUAUAAUGUUGACAUUUAAGAAUAAUAAGGAGUUGUAAUUACAGUGUCUGUUAUCCAGUUGUCCCGUAUCUCAUUUCGAUCGGUUAUUUUAAAGACUUUAUUUAGAUGGUAUAACAUUAUUAACUGUACAAUGAGUAUAAAGACACUUUGAUUGAUUGUUGUUCCAAAUGAAUUUAGUCUAGUCGCUUUAUUAAACAU